ACUGCAAUUCUUUGACAAUUAAGCUAAAGAAUCAGCAAUGGAACUUCGUCUACUUCUUCUUGUAUCUUCUGAUUCCCUUCCUUGGUACUACUACAUGCUCACAUUCCUAACUCUUUCUUGGCUGUCAUGGAAAGUUUUAACGACAAACAGACGUCGGAAAACACCACCAACGGCGGCUGCUCCUCCCGGCAACCUCGGAUUCCCCGUCAUCGGAGAAACCAUCCAGUUCAUGGCCGCCGCUGCCAACACCCAAAAAGGCUUCUACCACUUUGUUCAUCUCCGAAGACUCAAAUAUGGGGUUUGCUUCAAGACGAGAAUAUUUGGGGAGACGCAUGUUUUCGUGUCGAGCGCGGAGGCGGCGAAGGCGGUUUUGGGCAACGAGAAAGGGAGGUUUACGAAGAGAUAUAUAAAGUCCAUUGCAGAGCUAGUCGGAGAUCAAAGUUUACUAUGUGCUUCUAUCCGACAACAUAAACUGUUGCGACCUAGUUUCACUCAUUUGUUCUCCACGAACUCUGUAUCCUCCAUGGUUCCACUGUUUGAUGAAUUGAUUUUGAAGGCGGUUGGAACAUGGCAUCACCAAGCCACUGUUAUUGUCCUCCAUCAAGCUCUACAGAUUACAUUUAAAGCAAUCUGCAAGAUGGUGUUGAGCAUGGAAGACGAGGAAGAGCUACAAGCUUUGCAAAGAGAUGUGGGGCUUGUCUAUGGAGCAAUGCUUGCAUUUCCUCUGAGAUUACCUUGGACCAGAUUCUACAAUGGCCUCCAGGCCAGAAAAGGGGUCACGAGGAAGCUGGGGAAGAUAAUCAAGGAAAGAAGAAUGGGGCCAAGAGGAAAAUAUGAUGAUUUUCUGCAACACCUGUUACUGGUGAAGAAGGAUAAUGAGAAUGGUGAUGAUGAUGAUGAUGAUGAAAACAAUUUGUUGACAGAUGAGCAGAUCACAGAUAACAUUUUGACCAUGAUCAUUGCAGGACAAGACACAACUGCUAGUGCCAUUGCUUGGAUGAUAAAGUAUUUGGAUGAAAAUGAAGAGGCCCUCAACCAGCUUAAGAUUGAGCAAUGGUUGGUACAAGAAAAGAUUUCCAUGAAAACAUUCCUAACACUAGAAGACCUUAACCACAUGCCAUAUGCGUUGAAGGUUGUUAAGGAAUCACUUAGGAUGGCAUCCAUAGUCCCAUGGUUUCCUAGAGUAGCACUCCAAGAUUGCGAAAUCGAAGGUUAUGAAAUUAAGAAAGGUUGGAAUGUUAACGUUGACGCCAAAUCAAUACAUUUUGAUCCACAUGUAUACGAUGAUCCCAACAAGUUCAUCCCCUCGAGGUUCGAUGAUGAUGCAAAACCAUACAGCUUCUUAGCUUUUGGAACAGGCGGGAGAACAUGCAUCGGGUUGAACAUGGCCAAGGCAAUGAUGUUGGUCUUUCUCCAUCGUUUGGUCACUAUAUACGAGUGGGAAGUGAUUGACAAAGACUGGAGCGUAGAAAAAUGGACACUUUUUUCAAGAUUAAAAAGUGGUUGUCCUAUACAUGUUACACGUAUCAACAAAAGUUUUACUUCAUCAACACCAUAAUAUAUAUACAUAAAAGGUCAAGCCAAUGCAACAUUGGUAUACAUAAUAUGUGUACUAUGUUUUAUGCUAAUGACGAUGAUGAUCAUAGUAGGUACAUUAAAUCAUUAAUAGUAGACAUAAUGUGUACUAUGUAUUAUCAAACAUUUUUUUAGU